AUGCUGGCACUCAACGCAUCGCUUGUCAAGACCCACGUUGUCUUUGACCCCGACAACCACCGCGAGUUCAUCACGGGCUUCCAGAAGCGCAAGGACGACCGCCGCCGCAAGGCUGCAGAGGACUUUAAGGCUGCAGAGCGAGUGGCAAGGAAUGCCGCACGCAAAGAGAUCCGCGCGUCACGGGUUUCGGACGAGGCUGCAACGCUGGCUCGCAAGCAUGAGCUCCAGCGCGAGUUUGUCCGCAAGCAGCUGGCCAAGGGCACGACCGUGGCAAGCUCAAAGUCGACCAAGACGCCUGUCGUCGCCAAGCGCGAGCAGGGAAGCAGCGAUGACGACAGCUGCUACUCCAGCAGCGAUGAAGAGAGCGAGGCUGAGAUUGUCGGCGUGAGCGAGGUCUCAGCUGACGCGCUGUCGUUUGGGCUCUCGUCGUCGACUGACGACGACGACUUUGGCGCGGGCGAGAGCGAAAGCGACGGCAACGCCAGUUUGAGUGUAGUGCGCCAGGGCGCAACGCUGACCGUGACAUCGAGCUCGACUGUGACCACUGCUAAGGUCAUGCCGCUCGAUCUCGCCCAUGACGCCAAGCCGGUCUGGGCCGAUGAUUCCGACUCGGACUCGGCUUCCGCCUCGGGCGCUGUCGACGAUGGCCAUGCCGACGCCUCCAACUCUCACGGCUACACUCCAGGCGAGGAGUUGGCCUCGCUGCCAGGCACUCUCCAGCUCCGCUACAUCCAGCACAAGCGCCGCAAGUAUGAUCCGGCAGCAGGCCGCAAGCGCAAGCGGUCAGGCGGCCGUGGUGGCCGCAGUGGAGGCAGCCGCAAGCGCGGCAAGGGCGGAAAACGAUGAUUAACACCACCAACCAUACCACCA